AUGAGGGCUAAGGGAGCUAUUAGGCUGAGAUUGGGGUCUUGGAACAUAGGAACUUUGACUGGAAAAUCUAUAGAGUUAGCGAAUAUACUCGAGAAAAGGAAGAUUAAUAUAGCUUGUAUACAGGAGACUAGGUGGGUAGGAGAAAAAGUGCGGGAUGUGGACAUGUUCAAACUAUGGUAUUUUGGGAGGGAGGGGCAGGAACGGGUAGGUAUCUUGAUUGAUAAGGACCUCCGGGAACUAGUGGUGGAGGUUAGGAGGGUGAAUAACAGGCUGAUGACUAUUAAGCUAGUUGUUGGAGAAGCUUUUCAUAGAAGGAGAUUUCAAGGCCACAUUGGAGUGACAUCUAGAGGGUAUGAUCAUGUGCAUGGUGGCUUUGGUUUUGGAGAUAGAAACGGAGGAGGAACGUCUCUACUGGACUUUGCUAGAGCAUUUGAUUUGGUGAUAGCAAACUCGAGUUUCCCGAAGAAGAGGGAGCACUUGGUCUCUUUUCGGAGUUCGGUGACCGAGACUCAGAUUGAUUAUUUGCUCUGCAGGAAGUCCGAUAGAGGUCUUUGCAUGGAUUGUAAAGCCAUCCCGAGUGAGUACCUCUCAACCCUUCAUAAGCUCCCGGUCAUGGACCUUGAGAUCACGAGGAAUAGGGUGAUGUAUAGCCAACAUAGGAUCAAGUGGGGAGCCUUGACGAAAGCUAAAGCGCAGGAGUUGGCGGUCAAGCUGUUGACUAUGGGGACUUGGAGAAGUAGUGGGGAGGGAGAUUUGUGGUGGAACAGAGAGGUGCAAGGAAAAGUGAAAACCAAGAAAGCAGCGUAUCUGAAGCUAGUGGAAAGUGUAGACGAGGAGGAGAAGAGGGCGAAUAGGGAGCAUCAUAAGUUGGCUAAGAAAGAGGCAAAGCUAGCAGUUACGGCGGUCGAGACUGCAACUUUUAGUCAUUUGUACGAGGAACUAGAUGGCCGAGGUAGGCAUAAGAGGUUGUUCAGGCAGAUUAGAGUUGAUGAAGUUGAGGGGGCUAUACGUAAGAUAAGCAUGGGCAAAGCGAUCGGGCCAGAUAAAAUCCCGGAGGAGUUUUGGAAGAGUGUGGGUAAGGCAGGCUUGGAGUGGCUCACUAGGUUAUUUAAUGUCAUUUUUAGAAUGAAAAAGAUGCCUGAAGAGUGGAGGUGGAUUACGAUGGUUCUUGUAUACAAGAACAAGGGUGAUAUCCAAAAUUGUAAUAACUAUCAGGGUAUCAAGUUGCUUAGCCAUACUAUGAAAGUAUGGGAGAGAGUGGUAGAGCUAAGGGUGAGGAGGAUUAUAUCUAUUUUCGAGAACCAGUUCGGGUUUAUACCGGGCGUUCGACUACAGAAUCCAUCCACCUUGUUAGGAGAUUGA